UCGAACAAAAAGCAAACAAUGUUCGCAAACAUCGCGGCUUUCUUCAUUGUUGUUCUACAAUUACAUGGGCAGUUAAACAUCACAGGAGCAAACAAUGUCGGCCUGGGGAAUCACAUCCUGCAAGAAGGAAAGGUGACGCUUGCGGCAGGCUCGAGGGUUAUUACCAAUAAUGAGGACAUUGAACGGUACAAGGCGAGUUCUGCCGAUGCUUGCGAUGUUAAUUUUGACGUUAACGGGAAUAUCAUUCUCCACUACCGAAAAGAAGCUAGGGCGAGGUAUAAAGGUUGUACUGUGGAUCUUCUAACCGAUAAGGUGGACGAGAUUGUUUUCUGGACUAGAUUGCACGAUUUUAAAGGGCUCGGUUCUUGUAUGGUAAAGAGUAGCAUCAAUUCAAAUGUACUGCCUUUUGCCUACAGUCUGACAAAUGAGGAAGUCAAGGAAUUCCACAAUGGCCCGCGUUUCGCUAAUGUUUCAUGCGAUAGUUGUAUGGAGGGGUGUGUCGAAAAGACAGGUCUAGAAGUUAGAUGGGCACGUGAUAAAGUUGGAAGCAAGGAAUAUGCUGUGAUUUAUGUAAAUCCAAUUGCCACAAAAAUGGUUUAUUAUGCUGGCAUUAAAAGGGACAUGAGAGAACAAUUUGUGGAAUUGAAACAAAGUUUAGUAAUAAACCAAAAAGGCCCUAAAUUUCACAUCAAAUUUUCAAACAACGGGACAGAGUACAGAUAUACUCAACCAUCUAACUGCAUCGAAAAUCCCAAAGAAAACAUUCUCUCGCCUUCAACAUGGGAAAUUGUUGGUACGAGUCCAGAGCCUAAAAUGAAUCGUUUGUUGGUUUUUCAUCUUCUUCCACAAAAAGCAUCACGAAAAAGGCGCAUGAUGGAAAAUCCUUUUAAUGGGUUCAUUGCAUAUGUUGUGAUAAGACAACGCCCAACAGGACCAAAAUGCGAUGAUAUGAUAAUGAUAUUUCCUAAGAGUAACUACAGAUUGCUGGCCAUUUCCGUAUCUCAUAAUAUCACUUCGACAACAAAAGAUCCAACAGAUGGAAAUAUCUCUAUAACAACAACUACAACCAUCAGAGACAAUAAUGGGCAAAAAUCAACGAAGAUAUCGACAAUUAAGCCCUCCUUCAAAGUUGGUCUUGGAGAUCACAUUCUUCAAGAUAGAGAGGUGACGCUUGCUAACGGAUCUAUGAUUGUUUAUAAAGAAGACGUUGAGGAGUACUUGACGAGUUCUGUUAAUGCUUGCAAUGUUGAUUUUGAUGACGAGGGGAAUAUCGUUCUCCACUACACAAAUCUAGAGGCGACAAAGGAUAAAGGGUGUACAAUGGAUCUUCUAACCAAUAAGAGGCACGAGAUUGUUUUCUGGACUGGUGUGCAUAAUCUAGGAGGCCUUGAUGCUUGUCUGAAUGGAAGUGACAUAAAUUCAAACGUGUAA